AUGACCGCCGACGACGCCGUCGUGUGCGAGGUCCUCGUCGACGACGACGAGCGCGCGGGCGGCGACUCGCUCCGCAAGCUCGAGGCGCUCGUGGACGACCUGACCGUCUCUUCGUCCGCGUCGCAUCGCGGCGGCGCGGACGCCGACGACGCCGCCGCGUCCGCUCGCCGCCGCGCGAAUCUCAUCCUCCUGUGCCGACGCGUCGCCUCGGACGCGCGCGCGGCGGUCUUCGCGCGCGCGCACGGCGCGGAGCCCGUCCUCCUGUGCGCGCUCAACCGCGCGAUACGAGACGGCGACGACGCGCUCGCGGAGCUCGUCGGCGACGCGGUCGCCGCGAGCGCGCGAUGCGACGGCGGAGACGACGGCGGCGCGACGAUCGAGCUGCUCGCCGUCGGCGGGUCGCAGGUGGGCGGCGCGGCGGCGACGCGCGCGCCGGGGGUGGAGCGCGUGCGGUUGCGACGCGCGGGCGUCGACGUGGACGUCCACGAGUCGUCGUGGAACGACGCCGGGCUCGCGUGGCGGAUAUGGGGCGCGGCGAGGGUGCUCGCGCACGCGGUCGACGCGUCGAGCGGCGACGGCGUCGAGGAGGAGGGAGAAGAAGACGCAGACGGCGGGCUGGUCGACGCGCGCGGGAGGCGCGUGCUCGAGCUCGGCGCCGGGUGCGGGCUGUGCGGCCUCGCCGCCGCCGCGUGCGGCGCGAGGGAGGUGGUGCUGACCGAGGGCGCGCCGGGCGCGCUGAAGGCGCUCGAGCGCAGCGCCGCGGCGUUCGAAGCCGCCGCCGAGGAGGCUCAGACGGAGACGUCUGAAAAAACAUCCGAAAAAAAAACCGUGCGCGUCGCGUUUCUCGACUGGAGGGACGACAUGGCGCGCUUGGACGCCGACGACGACGGCGCCGCUUCGACGACCGCUUCUUCGACGAACUUCGUGCACAAGCGCGUCGGCGGCGACGACGCGUGGCUGUCGUCUCUCCCGAGACUCGCCGACGACGACGUCUUCGACUGCGUCCUCGGAAGCGACUUGCUCUACGACGCGUCGCACGCCGCGCCGCUCGCCGCGUGCAUCGCGCGACGGCUCUCGACCGCGCCUCGCGCGGCCGCGCACGUCGCGCUGGCGGUCCGACGCGGCGAGCUCGCCGCGGAGCUGUGUGAGCGCGCGGGAGAGCGCGGGCUCGUCGCGGAGGCGCGCGCGCUCGACGUCUUCGCGGGCGAGGCGUCGGCGCUCGAGACGCAUCAAGGGGGGCACGUGACGCGAGAGGAGCACCCGGAGGCGGAGGCGUGGCGCGCGGCGGGCGGGGAAGCGUUCGCGCGCGGGGACGGGCUGGUCGUGCGCGCGGGGACGGACGAGGGGACGAUGACGGAGGCGGUGCGAGGGUUGGAAGGACGCGUCGCGUUGUUCACGUUUCGCCGGCGCGCGUCCCCCGCGCGGCCGCGAACGAACGAUUGA